GACUUCCGGAGAAACUGGUCCAAAACCACGCAGCAGCACUCCCGUGGGCGCUGGCGUCAGUAUCUCCCGAGACUCGGUGACUAUUCGCUGUGGACGGUGGGGGCGUACUUCUCCAGGCCCAUUUGCUCCCCUUUUCCCCCCUCCCUCCCCUCCCAUUCGCUCGCCUGCGCCCGGAUUCCUUUAUAAAGCAUCGCCGAAAGCUAAGAGGAGAAAGACAGAGAAAGGGAAAGCCAGCGAAGUAGACAGCUCCGAGAGGCCGCCAUGGGUUACUCCUCUGGGUGAAGGGCGAGAGAGCCGCGUCUUGGGUUCUUCAAGACCGCGUCGAUGGAGCCGAAGCGACUCCAGAGCAGCAAGGAGAAGAAGAUCAGAAGAAAGGAGGUGUUGGAGAAGAAAAAGGCAAUUGACGAAAUUAUAAAAAAGGCGUCAUCAGUAAAGGAUCAUCUAGCUUCCUUCCCACCCUUCUGUCAUUAUGACAGAAAUGGUCUUUCAGUCUACCUGGAGUCAGGAUCUGGAGACCAACUUUCCUCUCCAAUAAAGAAAUACAUUCAAAAUCUUCUUAAGGUCAAUAUGGAGGGGCCAUAUGGUUCAGAAUGGCCUAUGGAAGAGAAAGUGAAGCGGAGGGAAAUGGUUGCGCCAGAAGCACGGUAUAUAUUUGUACGAGAAUCACCAAAUGCAACUCUUGAUGGGAAAUCUUUAAGGGCAGAUGAAAAAAUGACUUCUGCUGGUUGGAUGGGUGAUGGAGAUCGUCUUGUGGGUUUUGUGCAUUACCGAUUUAUUGUUGAGGAAGACAUACCUGUUAUUUAUGUGUAUGAGCUACAGCUGGAGUCUUGUGCACAAGGGAAGGGAUUAGGGAAGUUUUUAAUGCAACUAAUUGAGCUUAUUGCUCACAAGAAUCACAUGGGAGCUGUGAUGCUGACAGUACAGAAAGCUAAUGUACUGGCCAUGAAUUUCUAUACUAGUAAACUAAGAUACAUAAUUUCAACAAUUUCACCUUCACGAGUGGAUCCACUGAUAGGUGCUGAGAAAAACUAUGAGAUACUGUGCAAAACAUUCGAUGCUGAGGCCAAAGCCAAAUUGGAGGAAAGCGAGAUGACGGGAUGAAUGAAGUUCUGCUUAUCUGUUUUAAAGGAGGCGGAACAACAUCAGAUUUAUUACUAGAAGAUGGGAGAGACACAAUGGUCAAAGAUAUCAAUACAACUGCUUUUUGCAUCUUAUUCUUUCUUACUCGGGCUAAAUUUUGAUUCCAAGGUCAUGGCCCAAUAACAUAGUAGAAAGUAGUCAUCUUUAUCCAAGCUAAUGUUACUCUAUGUAGUCCCAAUGAAAAAGAAGAAAAAUAGAUGGUUGAAUAUGCAUUAAGAUGGGAGAGGACUUAUGAGCAAUCUAGUUUAUGUGCCCAUGCUUUCUGGGUGCAUGAUUUUAAAUCAUUCUUGACACCUUUUGUUUCACGAGAACUUACAAGUGUCUUCAUAAAAUAUAAAUUCACUUACAGAGGAUCUUGCAGACUGCUUAA